CCAGCCACAAAGGACGCUGCUACUCUGGGUUCGCAGACGCUCCAGCCGCCCAGACCAAGCUGAGCCUUUUGUGCGAGCGCGCCGCCCGGGCGGAGCGUGUGAGGCGAAAGCCGUGGUGACCUCACCGGCGCGGACCGGGUUGCGGGGGCGUGGGAAGGGCACCCGGGUGCUGAAAUAUGACAGAGCUGCAGAGCCUAGUUGAGAGGCUGGAGAAAGCUGUGGGACGACUGGAGAUGGCAUCUUGUGGUCCUGGCGUGCACGGUGGCCAUGGGGACAGUGCCCCGAAAGGUGUCGCUGAGUAUGUGCAAAUUUUUGAUGAGCUCUUGGCAGGUCCAGUGGCUGCGUACAUGAAGAUCAGCAGAGAAAUUGGCAGUGAAGUCCAAAAACAUGCUGAGAUGGUCCAUGUUGGGUUGAUGACAGAGAGAGCUCUCCUGGUGACUGCGUCUCAGUGCCAGCAGCCCAUAGCAAGUAACUUCUCAGUCUUGUUGAAGCCAAUAUCAGAUCAGAUCCAGGUGGUCCAGAACUUCAGAGAGAAGAACCGUGGCAGCAAAUUCUUCAACCAUCUCUCGACAGUUAGUGAAAGCAUACCUGCGCUAGGCUGGGUCGCCAUGGCCCCCAAGCCCGGCCCUUACGUGAAAGAAAUGACUGAUGCCGCCAUGUUUUAUAGCAAUCGGGUCCUCAAAGAAUAUAAAGAUGUCGAUAAGAAGCACGUGGAGUGGGUGAAAGCUUAUCUCAGCAUCUGGACUGAGCUGCAGGCAUACAUCAAGCAGUAUCACACCACUGGACUCACCUGGAGCAAAACGGGACCUCUGCCAACCGAUGCAGCAAAUGGAUCUCGGCGUCCUCCUGGUGGUGCCCUGCCACCCCCUCCCCCUGGCCCGCCUCCCCCCACAAUUCCUGCCCGCACAGAUUCUGGUUCAGAUGCCUCUGCCUCCCGCUCAGCACUCUUUGCUGAGAUCAACCAGGGAGAAGCCAUCACUUCUGGCUUGAAACAUGUGUCUGAUGAGAUGAAGACCCACAAAAACCCAUCGCUGAAAAGCCAAGGGGGCCCUGUGCGGACGGGGCCCAAACCCUUCACGGCUCCAAAGCCUGCCUGUGCAGCAAAUGUUUCCCCCAAAUUGCCAGCAAAGAAGGAGCCUGCUGUGCUGGAGUUAGAAGGCAAGAAAUGGAGAGUGGAGAACCAAGAGAAUGCCUCCAACUUGGUGAUCAGCGACACAGAGUUGAAGCAGGUGGCCUAUGUCUACAAGUGUGUGAAUAGUACACUCCAUAUCAAAGGCAAGAUCAACUCCAUCACACUGGAUAACUGUAAGAAACUUGGGCUGGUAUUUGAUGAUGUGGUGGGCAUUGUUGAGGUCAUCAACAGCCGAAGUGUUCAACUUCAGGUGAUGGGUAAAGUGCCAACCAUUUCCAUCAACAAGACAGACGGUUGUCAAGUCUACUUGAGCAAGAGCUCCCUAAACUGCGAGAUUGUUAGUGCCAAGUCCUCAGAGAUGAACGUGCUUGUUCCAACGGACAACGGUGACUUUAACGAAUUCCCUAUCCCUGAACAAUUCAAGACGCAGUGGAACGGGCAGAAGUUGGUCACCACGGUGACAGAAAUCGCCGGAUAAGAUGGCCUGGUGCUCCACGACCUCCCCUCUCUCUACCAUCACUGUGGGACAAAAACGCUUUCUGGGGGCUGCCUUUUAGAUUCCCUGUCCCAUUUUUCAACUCUCAGUCUGCUUCUGUCUUCUGAAAGACUUGCCUCCCUUCCUUCACUGAAAAUACCUCAGGCUGGGAUUUGGGGGAGGUUGGCAGGUUCAUUCCAUUCUUUCUCUUGACUGGCAGGAAGGUGUGGCAUUCACCCCUUGGUCAGGCAAAACCUGUAUUGUCCAAUCCAUAUAGAUGUCAAAUGGGCAUCAAGGAGUUUUGUUCCUUGCCUUCACUUAAAUGCAGAACGUUGUCUGAGGGAGGGGAGUUUCUACCAGGAUAUGGUACCCCUCCCAUGAUAGAUGUAUGAAGUAUGCUUGACAGGUGUAAUUUGGGGAAGUCCAAGGGAGUUAAUUCUGCUCAACGAAUCUCACCAAGAGAUGCUGAGAAUAGCUUUGCUGGACCAAAGGCUGAAAACUGGGAUGUGUAACAUUCCUUCUCCCCUGACUAUUUCCCCCUCCCUGUGUUGUCCGUGUAAAUUCUGUGUUGUGCCAUGAUGUUGGGGGGAAACUGCCCAGAUACAGGUGCCACGCAAUUCCCAUGGAACGGAUCCUCCUUUCUGGGAAUCUGUCCAGCAGUAGGAAGCUGCCCUCAACCGCUUCCAUUCAAGCCCUCUUACAAAGGGAAAGUUGUGCCGAGAAGGCCUCUUUUGAACAACUGAACAUUGUUCAGUCUUCCAGGACGGUUUUUCCCAGGACCCAUAUCUUUUUUUCCCCCAGGGCAGGAUUGAUUCUCCAUCCCAAGAGGAGUAUUUAAUUACUCGUAAGCACAAUUCCAUGGUGUUUCGGUUCUAUUGCUCACUGGCGCGUAUUAGCCCCAUAGCGCUUGGGCAACCCCCCUCUUCUUUAGCUAGCUGUCCCCUCCCCGCGGCUUCUCUGCAGAAAGUCUUGUGUCACCCAGCACGCUGGUGAUUGUGCCCAGGCUGAAGGCAUGGUACUGUAACGGCCCACUAAAGGGAGCUGCCUGUUUAAUUGUAGCAAUGCAGAUGAUCUCUUUCCCUUUUUGCCACAUUUUUGAGUUUUCCACUUGAAAAUUAACAGAAGAUAUGCAACUCUUUAUUUUGAAACUGUCCUGUGACUUGUACUUCUCUCCUGAGGCUUGUGGAAAUAAAAAUCUUUCUUAUGUACUUAAAAUUAUACUGAAGAUAGAAUAAAGUUAAUGCCAAGUUGCC